UACGAACCGAGGGGAAUGAUUAUAGUUGUUUAUGCAGCGGGAAAAUAUUGGUCUUUUACAGAACUAAAGAAAAUCUUUGAAAAGUUGAGUGCGCGGCAAAAUAUUGGAAAACCUUUCAUUUAUAAUGGAUAUGCAGGAUUUCUGUCGAAGAUUACCUAAAGUGGAACUCCAUGCACAUUUAAAUGGUUCAUUAAGUAUGAAUACCCUGCAAAAAUUAUAUAAAAUGCGAGAUUCAAAUGUUGCUCUGGAUAAUCAAGCUUUUAUGAAUAACACUAAUCUUUCAUCCUUAAGCGAAUGUUUUAAAGUAUUUGAUAUAGCACAUGCGCUAACAAUUACACCACAGGCUGUAUUUACUGCUACUUGCGAUGUGAUAAAAGAGUUUCAUGAAGACAAUGUGAUCUAUUUAGAAUUGAGAAGCACACCUCGUACUGUAAAGAACUCAAUGACAAAAACAGAAUAUCUUGAGGCAAUAAUAAAAGCUUUUGAAACAUCGAAGUUGCAGUUUCCACAGAUUCUUGUAAAACUAUUGAUAUCAAUUAAUCGAAAACAAGGUUGCGAAACUGCAAGAGAAAAUAUUAAUCUUGCGAUAGAGUUUAUGAAAAAAUAUCCAGAAUACAUUGUUGGUAUCGAUCUUAGCGGUGAUCCAACUGUGAACUAUUCAUUUUUGGAAUUAUUAGAAAUGUCUAGGAAAGCGGGGCUUAAAAUCACAGCUCAUUGUGCAGAGGUACCAAAUGAAAUGGAAACAACUGAUAUAUUAAAAUUUAAACCCAAUCGAUUGGGACAUUGCACUUGCAUUCAUCCUAGCUUGCAAGGUUCUAAGCAAUUGUUUGAUAUGUUAUUAGAAUCCAAAAUUCCUGUUGAGUUAUGCUUGACGUCAAAUGUGAAAUGUAAAACAGUACCAUCCUAUAUAUCUCAUCAAUUUAAAUAUUUAUAUGAAGCUGGACAUCCUAUAACAAUUGGAACUGAUGACAAAGGUGUUUUUGAUACAUGUUUGUCAGAGGAAUUGCAAUUAUUAAGCUCUGUUUUUAAUGUCGGAAAAGAACAGCUUAAAAAAUUAUGUACAUUAUCUGUACAAUAUAGUUUUGCAAAUGCAGAAGAAAAAAAAAAUUAUCAUCGAUAAUCGAGAGUUUUCAUAUUUAGUUUUUUUUUUUAUUUUGCUUGGUUUUGACAUCAAAUACUUCAUUUUAUUAUUUGUGCAUGCAUGCUUGUGUGUGUAUGUGUAUUUCUUUUAAUAAUAUUUUAAUUAGAGACAUUUAGACAAUUUCUCAAUUAAAUAAGAACAAUUUCUAAUAAAAAGAAAGAGAUGCAAUGCAUCUAUUUUGAGGUCAUACAUAUAAAAGUAACAUCAAUUUUAUUCAUAAUGUCGGCUACUGUAUAUGUUUACAUACAUUUACAUACAAUAAUUAAUUUUUUAUUUAUAUAUGAAGACUAUAUAUUCGUUUAACAUUAUCAGUAUGCCAUCUUGUUUCUCUCCAUAGUGUAUAUUUACAAUAUUUAUGAUAGUUAUUCAUAUAAUAUACCUAAUAUAAGUACAAUAUGUCUUGCAAUGAUUAAAGAAUCAAUAAUAACUAGAAA